AUGUCAUACUUCCGCUUGUUCGAUUUGCCUGGGGAGCUACGCACAGCCGUCUUGGAGCAUCUUGUGAUCAUUCACUCAGAUAUCCCGGUAUUCGCGAAGAAGGAGACGUGCACGGAGAGCCCGCCCAUGGUGUUAACCGACCUUCUCUUGGUCAGUCAUCAAAUGCAUCGAGAAGCAUCAGGCUUGUUCUACACAAUGAACAACUUCAUUGUCAAUCUUGCCUCUCGGAGGAUGCUCAGUGAUAUCGUGCAGGAGGGGCAGCUCUUCGGCCCCGACGUGUUGGACGCCCGACGCCGCAUCCGAUCACUCAGCCUGCGCGUGAGACGCAUCAGUGGCGACUUGGAGAGCGUCGCGGUACCGACUCUCACAGACAUGAUAUUGCAUGGCAACCUCAGAAUUUUAGACGUCGGAAUUCUGACACAGAGCACUGGGCUAAAAACAAAAUCAAACUACGAUUCACACCAUAGACCGGGCUCCGUAUUUCAGGAUCCAGAGAGCGCGAACCUCGUCAGGACCUCGCCUUUCCAAGCACUCCUUGGCUUACUCGCGGACCCUGACCUCGAGAAGGUUACCCUCUGGGCAUCCCUUGUCCACUGGUCUAUCUGGUGCCCUUACCAUGAUUCUUCUGAUGCUACAAUGCCAAAGAACAGCGAAAGGGUCAUCCUGGACUGGCAGCGGUUGGUCCACGAUUUUGCCGAUGGGAAUCGCAUAACCAAGUUCGAAAGGCCGAGGUUUGGCUGA